UGCAAGUGUAAAUCAGCAACCUUAAGCUUUUCAUACGCGAAGGACCAACAACAGAGCAACACGUUUGGUAUUAAAAAUAAUAGUUUUCAGUGACGUAACACAAAAGGUGAAGAGAUGAUACACUUCAACAUUUUACCCCUUCUUGCAUUCCUGCUCAGUUGCCAUGUGCUCUUCUGUGGAUCAGGCUCAGGUCUGGCAUAUGCUUCAAACAGUGAUUCCCUUCAGGCCGUAUGCAGAAUGCAGCCUAACACUCGACUAGCGCCUGGAAUGCCUCGUGUGUACGGUCACAUUUUAUUCAGACAGUCUGGCCCAAAGGAAAAGCUGAGCGUGACUUUCAGGCUGUAUGGUCUCCCUGUGGACAGUCAGCAGCCCAGAGCCAUGCACAUUCAUGAGUAUGGAGACUUAAGCAGAGGCUGCGACUCUACAGGUGGGCAUUACAAUCCCCUCAAUGUCAACCAUCCACAACAUCCAGGGGACUUUGGCAACUUUGUGCCCGUUAAUAAGAAGAUUCGCCAGUCACUGGACUCCCCUGCAACCCUCUUUGGGAAACUUUCAAUACUCGGCCGGUCUGUUGUCAUUCAUGAGGGAAAGGAUGAUUUGGGCAGAGGUGGGAAUGUGGGAAGCUUGCUGAAUGGCAACGCUGGAGGGCGACUGGCAUGCUGUGUUAUUGGGCUGGGCAACCCCCAAAAUUAAUAGAUAUUUUUUUAGCAUAGACUAUACAGUUAAUUUUUGCAGCACACAGUGCUCAACAUAUAUAAGUACACCCCUCACAUAUCUAUCUUUUAAACUGAAGCCAUACAAUAUGAUAUUUGUGCAUAUAGACCAUUUUAAUGUGCUGAUGUCAUUGGCCUAUGAACAUUUCCUGCUUGAUGCUAAACUAUUUCCUAUCUGUAACAAGAGGCAAUUCAAUCAUAACUUAAUAUGUGGACCUUUUUGGAUUCUUGAAAGCUAUAGAAAUUAAAAAUGUGGAACAGGAAAUACGCUGGGAUCAUUGUUUUUGUUUACAUCCCUCAAAAUGGUCUAUACAUUAGAUUAGUCAGCACUGAAGCCAAAUCUGGAGCUUAUCUAACAAAAUAACUCAUGAUAAUGAUCCAAAAACUAGUACACCCAAAUGUAUAUGUUAUAGAAAAAUAUUAAAAUAAAAUUUAAAAAGGGGAAAAAUCAAGAAAAGCAAAAAAAUAAAAUAAAAAUGUUGUUGAAAUUUUGUAGGUUGAAUUUCAUUUGCAAUAUUUUGCUCGAAUUUAAUUGUAUUAUCUUUCAAUUUCUAAAUAUGUUUGGUGACUAAAAAUAUUUUAAUAAAUAUAUCUGUUUAAUAAACCUGUUUUGUUUGAAUUCACCAAAAUACAUUGCUUAUAUUCACUGAGAAAUUGAUACAAAUAUUCAUUUUCAAAAUGGGGUGUAUGCUGAGCACUGUAUAUCAGCAAAAUAACUGAUUUAAAUGUAUGGUUAUUGUGUUAGAAAUACUACAUAACAAUAAAGAAUGAACAGGCUUUUUGAAAA